CCAUCCUACAGUGACUUGAGAAUAUAUAUCCUUACCUAACCUCUUUUCUUCCAAUGAAUCGAAGUAAAAAAAAAUAAAAAAAACACGCCAUUUUGUGACAGAUGGACAGAUGAAACGAGAAUAAUUUUUAGUAAAAACAAGAAUAUUGUGAAUUCUAGACCUUUCGGAUUUGUCAGUUUUUUUGAAAUUAGCAUGUAGAGGACACUACUGCAAGCUCAAUUUAAAGCUUUUUUAUUGUAACUGUUGAACUAUAGGCUGUUGUGUCUAAUUUUCGCCUUCAAACGAUAUUAUAGAAACAAUUUUUAUGGUAUACGUGAAACGAAGCAUGAAAGGAAAGGAUGCUAGUUCUUGUGAUGAAAAAGGAAUUGAACAGAGUUUGCUAUUGGAAGUGCGAUGCCAUGUAAAUAGUUCCUGAGUGCUAAUACUUUCAAUCUGUUGCCUUCUUUACUGUACUGUUUCUUUGAAACAAGCAUUAUUUAAAAAAGUAUGAAUUAUGAAUGACUUUCGUCUUAUAUUGUUGUUACAUUCAUUGGUUUAGACUUUCUUUGUCUUUGGUUUCUUUGUCCAUCCGUUCCGGUUUUGUGAAGUGGCUCUUUUUCAGUAAUGGUGUUUUUAUUUGCAUACCUUUAAUUCUCUUUCAUUUUGUUGAAAAUUUUAGUAUUUUCAUUUUUGUUAUGACAAUUCCUUUAGAACGAACGUCCAUUACUAACUCAAACCUUGACAUAACUACUAGGAAAACUGGUGCCCAUAAUAUACUCAAUUAUUUGAAGCAAGCUAUUAGUAUUACAUGUUCAAUAGAUGAAGAAUUAACAUGUUCGGAGAUUUCGAAAUGUUGGGAGUUUACGGAUGCUUUUGCUUGUUUUCUUCAAGAUUCAGAGCAAAUGUAUCUGUACUUAUUUGGCGUGUUAAACACAUCGACCUCACAAGUUGAUCUGCCUGACCUUAAAGUGGACAACUGGGCCUUUCAUAUUGAUUAUAAUUAUACGGUGAAGUCAGAAUCUGACGUUGUUCUCGUAUUUUUAAAGCAAACAAAAUAUGUGGAUGUCACUGCUCAAUUACAAAAGCAACUGGUCUUUGCUAACUUGCCCUUAUCCUCUCGCCAUAAUGACAACUCUUAUAACUCCUCCAUAAACACCGUUCAUAGCUACGUGAAAUACGUCUUAGAACCAUUUUUUGUUAAUUCUGCAAAAGAGACACCUGAAAAGUCAACAACUACUUUACCAAACUACUAUUUACAACUAAGCAACACGAAGAAAGUUUUUACUGAACUUGAGCUCUCCCUGGCCAAUCUUCAAACAGAUCGCUCAGUUCCCCAUGUUAUAUUAUACAUACACCCGGUAAUAAAGGAAGUUAUCCUCCAGUCCCAGGUCGGAAAUACGGAGCUCUCUGUCCAGUGCAUAUCUUCCGAUACUCUCUCAAACCCAAAAUUUCUGAAUUCCCUAAACGUAACUGUACAUUCUUGGAUUAAUAGCAUUAACAAACUUGUGGAAACUUCUCAAACAAAAGAACAAGGGUCAGCCUCUCAGGAAAUUAGGUUUUGGCAUUCCUUGUGUCUAUCAUAUAACGAAGUAUAUAAACAAUUAACGAGUUUACCGGUUAAAUACACCUUAGAAGUGUUGAAUUUUGCUAAGCGGUUUCAUACAACUGCUUCUUUUUUGAACAACACUAAUUUACGUACACAAUCGGACAUAGCAAAUAGGGUUGCUAGCUUUUUGGUAGAUAUUCCUUUGUCUUCAAUUCAAGGCGCAUCUUCUUUAGAUUCGCUGCAUGAAGCCAUAACAUUAGUACAUACGUAUUUCAUGAAACGAUGGAAAACUUCUUCUUAUCCUUUGUCACGCACUAUCACUUUUCUUAACUGCCUUGCUGAUGACUUUCUUUCGAAGCUUACGGAAAUACUGGGCUCAGAUUAUUUGUUGGCUAUGUCUUUUGCGGAUUUUCAACAUAAUUUAUCUAUUGCUUUAAAUGCCUUGACGACGUGGGACUCCAGUAACAAGGAGUUCUUACUCUUAGUUAAACAUACUCUUUCUAAGCGAAAAGAAGCUUACGAAACAAUUUAUUUAAACGAAAAGCCAAAGCUUUUCAUGAAGAGACUACUGUCCAUGCUCCUUUUAAGACAAACUUAUGAAAAUUUAACCGUUACGCUUUCAUCUCUUUCAUCCACUGAUCAGAAUGAUAUAGAGCUUCUCAAAACUGUUGAUGACUUUAACUUCUCUUCAUCUUUAGAUUUAUUUCAAAAUGUUAAUGUUUUAGACAUCACUGAAGACGGAAGAAGAAACUGGAAUUUAUACGAGUCAAAAUUUAAUGACAUACUAUCUAAAUUUGACAACUCGUUCAUAUCUUUCAUAAAGGAAAAAUUUGAGUCGUGUGAAAAUACUACGCGUUUGAUUUCAAUGUUUUUGAAGUAUAAUUCUUUACUAAUGCGUCCCAAAAUAAAAAAUGCAGUUCGCGAAUAUCAUUUGCAACUUAUCAACGGUGUAAAUGAUGAAGUGAUUACCCUGAAGUCUCGUUUUACCGACAUUACUUCUGACUUGGAACUUUUUGCUAUGCACCAACUUCGCGAUAUUCCUCCUGUUUCAGGCGCUAUCAUGUGGUCUAGCCAAGUCACUCGAAGAUUACAAAAAUACUGUUCACAGUUAGAUGUAAUUCUGGGUGAUGAUUUGACAACGUACAAUGAAGGAACCAGAUUAAAAUCAGAAGCUCAAUCGCUACAGAAGAGGCUGGACCCCUUAGUUAUUUAUAAAAGUUGGUUAAGCAGCUUGUCAUUGGAUGUAUUUGAUUUUACUACUCAUAUCUUCAAAAUUGUUCCUAUCACUGAGAUGAAUUGUUUAGAGAUUUCGGUAACUUUGGACUCGCAGUUAAUGAUGUUAAUAAAGGAGUUCAGGACUCUUUCAUCAAUGGGAUAUGAAAUUCCAGAACGGUUUUCAAAAAUAAUAUCUAAUUCCCAAAAACUGCAGUCUAUUGCUGCUAAUCUCUCGAGCUCAACUAAACUCUAUAAUCAGUCAGCUAAGGUUGUUGAAACUUCAGCAGCACAAAAAUACCUGCUUGCAGAGGUAGAAAACAAAAUUCAGUGUCAUAUAUCUGAAAAUUUGUUUUUAACGUGGGAAGACUUCUUAAAUGAUCAGACUCGACAAAGUGAAAAAGGUUUUGGAAACAAUACAACGGAUAUUUUUGGUCCACAUGCAUUUAUUUAUCAAUUGAACUCCUUAAUAAACAUAUACUGCACUAAAUAUGAAUCAGUCAUGCGUACUUGUUCCGAAAUAGACAGCAAGUUGAUUAAGCUCGAAAAUGAUGACUAUGUGUACGAAGGUUUCUUAGGCUUAUUAAAAGAAAUUCAAGUAAUAGUUGACCGUUUAUAUGUUGAUGGAUAUUCUAACCUUCAUAAGGUUGUGGUAAUCAUUAACGAAAGGAUUCAUAAUAUUUUGGUUACCAAAUUAAAGAGAAUAUUUGAAAACCUUUGUUUAUUACUAAAAACAACCGAUGGUAACUAUAUCACGAGCUUUAUUUCUGCAAAUCUUUCAAUUAAAAUAUUGUUAGAUAAAAGUCUGAUAAUGCAGCCGAUUUCUUUGUCAUUCAAAAACGGUGUUAUUUCCCUUGAGCCUUCUAUUCAGGAUAUGUUAACAUCGAUAUUUCAAGUGGUAAAUUACCUAUUCUCAUCAGUCAAAAACCUACCUGCUAUUUAUUUGAGAGGUUACCCUACCAACGGAGGUCUGUCUGAAUCAAAAUCUGUUACUUUUGUAAAUACUCCAAAGGCUGUGGAUGUUGAGGUAGUGAAUUUGCUGACUGUAUGUUCAAAUGCACUGGCUGAUAUAAAAAGUUAUGUCACUCCAUUCGAACGAUAUAGUGUUUUUGAUACUCGGUUAUUGGAUAAAUUCUCAACCGUCUCUUUACAACAGAAAGAUUUACUACAACUCGUUCAAUAUCUUGCAUACACAAAAGCAACACUCAGUGAAGUCGAUGAUGAGGUUAGAUUUGGGAUUUUCAAGGUAGAUCUUGUGCCAUUUAGAAGUCGCACUACUUAUUCCCUUUCGAAGUGGAUAGGGUUCUACUUCGAACUACUUUCACAGGAAUUGGUUGAUUCCGCGCACGAUCUCCGAAAAGAUCUAUCUCAUUAUUCAAAUGUGUUGCGUAACAUCAAACUUAGCGACUGGGAAUUAGUUAAAGAAGCAAAUGAGUCUAUAGCAAACUUGAAAAUUUCUUUGGAGUUCAGGGAAACUGCGUUAACGUUGCUAGAACUACUGAGGUCGACUGAAAAUAUUUUUAAAGACACGAACUAUCACCUUACUAAUGGCUGGAUUCCUUAUAAAUUGCUGUUACAUGAAGCAGAUCCUUAUUUUAUUGCAUUGAAUGAUGUAGAUAACUAUUACACCACUUAUAGAAGCAAGUUAAUAGAGUUUGCUAAAAAUUCAUGUGGUGACUUAAGGCUUAAAUUGGCUAUGUUCUUUUCAAACUGGGACCUGGAGAAAACUCGUCUUCAUGAGCAUGAUCUGGAGAAGUUUUCAACUGUUCUGAAAAACUAUUCAGAGGAUUUGAAUUCUUUAAGAGAACUUCUGGGCGAGCAAUGUCAAUUGGAAUGUUUGCUGGGCAUUCCUACGUCUGAAUUUAGUGACACUUCUAAAUGUUUUAACGAAAUUUUCUCAUAUAAAGAACUGUUAACGACCAUUUCAAAAAAUGUGAAGGUUUUGCGCAAAUACGAGAAAACCCCUUGGUUGCUUUUAAAUUGCGAGGCUUUAGUGAAUGAGUUAACUGAGCAUGCGAAAGAACUGGAUCAAUGUCCAUCGAAUAUGAAAUCUUUAGCACCUUAUACUAAACUUACUUCAAGAAUAGUUGAUAUUUUAGGUGCUAUGCCUUUGCUAAGUGAAUUGAAAAGCAAUAAUUUUGGGAAUGAGCAUUGGCAGAAAUUAUUAUCAGCUAUGGGAAUCCUGCAAAGUAGCUCAUCUGAGAAUUGGACUUUAGAAGAUGUAUUGGGAUUCAAGUUUGACUCACAUCAAUCCUUGGUCAAAGAUAUAAUUAAAGAAGCUGAUGAAGAAGCUACUAUUAGGAAUACAUUACAAACAGUCUGCCUUAACUCUGAAAGUUAUGAAUUUCAAUUCGUCCUUUACGAUAACAGAACAUACCUUUUGAAAGAUUGCAAUAAACUAAUUUCCGAUUGCGAAGAAUGGAUUGAUCAGUUGAACACUGUUAAACUAUUUGAAAACUAUAAUCAGGUGAAAUACUCUGCUGAUGAAUUAAUCGGAAAACUAAGUGAUUUCCUUGAUUUUCUUAAUGUUUGGAUGGAGAUCCAGCAACAUUGGACGUAUUUGGAUGGGGUUUUUUCGACAAACGAAGUAUUCCAGUCUUUAUUACCCCAAGCUACUGUUGCUUAUUUUAGCGCAACGAAGUCUUAUACUCAAGGUAUAAACUUACUUCUUUCCUCAAAGGGAGUUAAAGAAUUUUAUAAGCUUCAGUCACCAAAAGCAUUUGCUGAUACUUUGCUUCUUUCGUUAAUUGAUAUUAAAAGAAUGUUGGUGGAUUAUUUUGAAAGUGAAAGAUUAAAGUUCCCCCGUUUAUUUUUCUUAGGUGAUGAAGAUUUAUUGGAACUUGUUUGUCAUAUAAACCAUAAAGCUACUUUGGAUAAGUAUAUUGGUACGUUGUUCCCUGGUAUGAAUGGACUCAUCAUUAACCAAGGAGAUGGUGCAAUUGAAAAACUAAUUACGGAUGAGUAUUUAAGCCUAGUGCUUUCUUCACCAGUUAAAAUAAAACAAGAAUCCGGGUGCUUUGAGUGGAUCAGCUUUAUUGAAGAAGAUAUCAAAAAUAUUUUAUUAAAAACUUUUGGUAUAGCAUAUUCUGUUUUUGAUGAGUCUUUUGAUAUUGCUGAUUUGAAUCUUUGGUUUCCUGAGUGGUUGAAGUCAUUCCCCAGUCAAAUUUUACUACUUUGCUUUCGUUGUUACGCUAGUUAUGCUUUAAAAAAAGGGAUUCAGAAGAAGGACCUUACUUGCUUUGACGCUUCCUUAAAACAGGGGAUUGAAUGGUUAAGUAAAUACGCGAUGAAUGAAGAAAAUGCAAUUAUUCGAAAGAAAGCUUUAUUGUUCAUCAAUGAAAAACUUCAUUAUAGAUCCCUAGUAAAAGCGCUUGUUGACAAUAAUUUUAAUGAUUAUUAUUGGUUCCGCGAAAUCAAAUGUUCUUAUAAUGUUGACGAACAUGGUAAGCCUUCUAUUAAUGUGGAGAUGUUUUCGGUUAGUUGUCCCUAUGCAUUUCAUUAUGUUCAAAUUGAAAGCCCUUUUGUUUAUACCGAACUAACAAGAGAAACUUUUUCAACAUUAAUACAUGCUAUUCAGUUGGGUUUCGGAGGUGCACCAUCGGGGCCUGCAGGAACAGGGAAAACGGAAACAGUGAAGGCGCUUGGUGCUUAUCUGGGAAGAUAUGUGUUUGUGUUCAAUUGUGACGAAUCGUUUAAUUAUAAGGUAAUUCGAAGAAUACUAAUUGGUUUAUGCCAGCUGGGUGUCUAUGCUUGUUUUGAUGAAUUCAACCGAUUGAACCCUGGGACUUUGAGUACUGUGUCUCAGGAUAUUCAACUAAUACAGACGAAUUGUAAGAGGAGUUCUAAACCUUUAAUACCAAUCAAUAAUCAAUUUAUCAAAGCUGACCGAAGCUUUUGUAUCUUCAUUACGUUGAAUCCUAGCUAUCAAGGUCGUUCAGAGUUACCGUGCAACUUGAAGCGUCUUUUUCGUACUGUUUGGAUGGAAACUCCUGAUGCUUUCCAAAUUUGUCAAGUACUGCUUUACAGCAACGGCUUUAAUAACUCAUCCGAUCUUGCAAAUGUUCUAACUUCUUUCUUCAAAGACUGUGCUAAGCAAUUCUCCCAAGUGCCGUAUUACGAUUUCGGACUUCGAACUAUACGUGCCAUCAUUAAAGUGUCAUGUAAUUUUGGUAAUACUAAUUUAUUGGAAAACGAAAGCUGUGGUGAUCUUGGAUUUAUUUAUCGAGCAAUUCAGACUGUCAUUUUACCAAGGCUCAACGUUAAAGACGUAAAGGCUUUCGAUGGAUUGAGAAGAAAGUACUUCAAAAGUAUAUUGACAGAAGGUACUGAGUUAAACACUGUCAAUGCAUCACUUGAGGUGGCUUUGAAAGAUUCAAAUUUGACUAGUGAUCUUACUUAUCUCACUCAGAAAGUAAUUCAACUUCAUCAGCUUUCCGAAGUUUACAAUGGAAUCAUUAUAUAUGGUUCAAGUGGUUCAGGUAAAACACUUGUUUGGAAAAAUCUUUUGAAUGCUUUAAGUAGACUAUUGAUUAAAACUGAGCACUAUGUGAUUUCUCCCAAAUCUAUUGACAAGGAUUCUCUUUUCGGGACCUUAGAUUUGACAACUCAUGAAUGGACAGAUGGUAUAUUUACAAAGAUACUACGUUCAGCUAUAGGUUCUAGUACUCGAUACUGGAUUAUUUUUGAUGAUGAUAUAACGCCUGAUUGGGUUGAAACUAUGAACAGCUUGUUGGAUGAUAAUCGCUUUUUAACAUUACCGAAUGGCGAAAGAAUUCCUCUUUCGGUUAACGUUAAAAUUCUCUUUGAAGUUGACAACAUCCAGUCAGCAACGAUGGCAACCAUUAGUAGAUGUGGUAUUGUAUAUAUGGAUGAAGAACCUAUAGCUUACAACACUUAUACUGAGUCAUUGUUGAAGGAAACUUUUACCAUGAAAGAAAAUUCAGAAAGAAGAAAAAUGAUAUGCGAAGUGGUUACUGAGGUUAUGUUUGAGUUACCUAUAGAUGCAAUUUUCGAGUUCGCCAGUACUUUGUUCCAUGUAAUGGAAUUAGAAAGAUCACGAUUUAAAGAAACUCUUUUUCUGAAUUUUAAGAAAGAGAUCGUGGAUUCUUUCGGGCUUCUUGAACUUGGUUGCUUCCCCGGCAAAGCUAACUUGGCUGCUUAUUUGAAAAAGAAAUUCUUACUUUCUAUAGCUUGGGCAUGUAUCGGUGAUUCUGAUUUAGAUUCUCAAUUCAAGUUUACGAAUUGGAUUAAAAAAAAAUUUGAUUUAGGGACCGGUAUUUCUAAUAAAACUGAUUUUAUUUUGGAUUUGGACGUUGACACUGACACCCAAAACUGGGUGGGUAUCAAAGAUAUCCUUGCGAACGACAAAGAUGCUCCUGGUUUAGGAGAAGUGAUAAGGACUACGGAAGUUAUCCGCUACGAAAAGUUAAUCAAUAAUCUCUUGUAUAUGAACAGUUGCUUGAUUUUCUGUGGGCCUCCGGGUUCGGGUAAGAGUAUGACAGUCCUUCAUUUUCUAAACGGUAAUGAUGAUAUUGAUGUCGCUGUGAUGAACUUUUCAGCGUCUACCUCAGCUUAUGCUAUAAUUCGCUUUUUAGAAAGAAAUACAGUAUAUAGCAUACGGGCUAACGCGUCCUACGUUACCCCGAAAAACAAAAAAACACUAGCUGUAUUCUUUGACGAAAUCAACUUACCUAAACCAAGCCGAAAUAAUGGAAAUGAUGCUUUAUGCUUUCUCAGAUGCGUUUUGCACCAUAAAGGUUUCUGGCAUCCGAAAUUAAAGAAAUGGAUAAAUAUGAAAAGGAUUCUUAUUUUUGGGGCUUGUAACCCCCCUACUGACCAUGGAAGGUCUUCUUUGUCAUCACGCAUACUCCGAAAGUCAGUAAUUAUACAGUACGGAUACCCAGGAUUUGAUUCACUCACUAAGAUUUACAAACCCAUAUGUGAUAAGAUUCUGAACUUCGUGGAUCGCAGUCAUUCCGGUCCAGUAAUCAAAGGAUUUCUAAAUUGCAGUGUGAAUGUGUAUGAUAAUAUUAAGCGGACUUUUUCUUCGAAGGAAUAUAUUAUUCACACCUAUACGCCAAGAGAACUAACGAAAUGGUUCAAUUGCUUGCUGAAUGUGACUAAAUCAUUGAAUCGAAUUACUUUCCAACAAUUACUUCAAAUAUGGUACCAUGAAGCUUGCCGUGUUUUCCUAGAUAGAUUAAAUCAUAAAGACUUUCGACUUGGUGAGUCUAUCUUACAGGAAUCACUAUUUUCGGAAUAUGACGGAUUAUAUCUCAAUGGGUUAAUUGAAUACUAUACUUGCAAUUUAUUUUCUGAACGGUAUAGCAUAGUUUCCUUAAACACUUUGAGGUCGCAUCUGCAAGGAUGUAUCGAAAGUUUUAGGAUUGUGUACCCAAACUCAAUGUUUUUUCUUACAGAAAAAGGAUGUCUAGAUGCUAUCCGAAUUGGCCGCGUUUUCGCACAUACCAAUAGCCAUGCAGUGAUUUAUGGAGAAUAUGGUUCGAAUCAGAGAAGCGUCUUAGAAUUUGUAAGCUGGAAGCUCGGCUAUAAACUGCUAGACUUCAAUCCUUGUUUACAGCCAGAGUUUUCAGACUUAUUGGAAGAAUUAAAAACCAUAAUUAACCUUGUGGUUACUGAUAGUGUAAAACUUUGUCUUGCCAUCGAUCACUUUCAGUGCGUUAAUUCCGAUGUAUUCGAGGUUAUGAAUAACUUACUUACUGGAUCUGAUAUUAGUUGCCUGUUUUCAGAUGAAGAGUGGGAAAAUUUAAAGAAGAGCAUAAUGCUCCGCCAUUUAUGUAAGCUGGACAGUGAGGUUGUUGAGAUGGUACAGACUUUAAUAGGUCAAAACCUUCAUGUUUUUUUUAUUGUGUAUACGUCGAGUUAUAAAGGCUUAAAUAUUCUAUCACCUGCCCUAAUAAACAGAUGUACUACCAUUUAUUUUCAACCUCCUGAUGAGUUGACCGUUCAUGAACUCUUUAAAAAUGAGCUUUCUAAAAUUCCUGACUUUAAUGACGAGUUGGAUGAAAGGUGUCUGCUGGAAAAGCAUCUUCCAAACUUAGUGAAAGUAUUGUUCGAUUUGCACUCAUAUAUGGCUGCUUAUUUUAGAAAAAGGAAAAACAAUUUGAGUAUGAGUCCAAAUUUUUUAUCGGAUUUUGUCGUAUUAUUUGUCAAAGUCAUCAGAAAACUUCGCAGCCGACUGUAUAAUGAGAAGGACCAUGUCGAUAAUGGACUAAAGAAGCUGAAGCAAACGGAACAACAAAUUCAUGUCUUAAAGAAUAUGUUAUAUGAGCAAGAAUCUGUGCUUAAUGACAAAACAAAGCAUGCAAACUCGAGGCUACACAAUUUAAUGAAUGCCAAACAAGAAGUUGAAAUAAGACAAAAGGAAGUUUUGGACUUAGAACGCAAUUUGAGAGGACAAAAUGAGGAAAUCGAAUCUAAAACUUCACUAGUUCUGAAAGAACUUUCAAUAGUAAAACCGGCCAUUGAGGAAGCUAAGGCUUCUGUUAGCAAUAUCAAGAAGAGCCAUCUAUCGGAAUUGAGAAGUCUUUCUCGUCCUCCUGAUGUUGUCAAGUUAACGAUGGAGGCCGUGUGUAAGUUACUUGGCCAUAAAAUUACUUCCUGGAAAUCUGUACAGUCUCUGUUAAAACGCGAGGAUUUCAUUACCAAUGUUUUAACAUUUGAUUCGGAGAAGCAACUAAAUCCUACUCUCAGGAAGCGUUUGGAAACUGAAUAUUUUCGUAACUCAACCUUCAAAUAUGAGGUUGUUAAUAGGGCUAGUAAAGCUUGCGGUCCUUUGUUUCUCUGGAUAAGAUCUCACUGUAACUAUUCGAAAGUUUUACAAAAAAUAAGUCCGUUGAAUGAUAGUGUCUCCCAAUUAAAAGCAAAAGGAGAAGAUAUGCAGCGUAAACUUUCGGAAGUGAAGUCGAUUUCUGAAGGAUUGGAUAAAGAGUUAAUGGGAAUGCAAGAAGAUUAUGCUACAUUGAUAACUGAAGUACACACGUUAAAGAUUGAGCUUGCUAACAUCCAAGACAAACUUAAGAGAAGUUUAAAAAUUAUCGACGAUAUGGCCUCAGAAAAGGACUACUGGGAAAAUUUUAUGAAUUCCUUCGAUGAAGCGUUAUCUAAUUUGAAUGGCCGUAGUGUCCUGGUUGCUUUUAUAAUAAAUUAUGCUGGUUUAUUGGAUCCUGUUGAGCGUGAGACCGUCGUCCAACAGGUGUCUUCCAUUUUGAUUCAAGAAGGUUAUAUUAGUAGCAAUCAAAACAUUGGACACUUCUUACAGGAAUUCAACAAUGAUAUGUUAAACGAGACAAAACUUCCUUAUACAGACGAUUAUUCCAUGACAAAUAUGGCAAUAACGAACGAAUGUGUGAGGCCAGCAUUAGUAAUUGACCCAUCUCUUUAUGCGUCUGAACCUCUAAAAGUUCUUUUCGGAAAUUCCACUAUUUGUUUAAGCUUAAUAAGCAAAACGUUUAAAAGUCAAUUGAAAGCAGCGCUAAAAUUAGGUAAGCCUAUAUUAAUAAAGGAUGUCGAAAAUUGGUGUCCUUUGUUGGAUAUGCUAUUAUCCCCAGUACUUUAUUCAGGAUCAGGGAAAGUGUCAGUGAAAGUUUCAAAGGAUGUGUUUGAAGUUUCCGUUCCUCUCAAAAUAAUUAUUCAUUCUAACACAUUUAAUGAUUCAUUCAUGUCUUAUAAGAUAAGCAGUUUUACGACUAUCAUCAAUUAUACUCCUACCUCAUCGGGUUUAAGUAGAGACCUCUUAAAUUCUCUUAUUACAAUUGAGAACGGUGAUUUAAUUCAAAACAAAAACUAUACUAGGGAACGGUUAUUACAAAUAAAGUCAGAAUUAUUCACCCAACAAAAAAAUCUUCUAACGAUUUUAUCAAGUCAGAACAUUGACAUUUUAGCAAAUGAUGAUGUUGUACUUAUUCUUAACUCUCUACGAGCUUCAAUUGCGGAAAAGGAGAAAUUGGAUCAACAACGGAUAUCUUUAGAAACAAGUAUUUUAGACGUAAGUUCCCAUUUCAGUGGAAACAUCGACUUAUUUACUUUUCUGAUAUUCGUCUUUAAGAUGAUGAGUAAAAAGAAUUCUCGAUACGACACGUCAAUGAAGUUUUUUGCUUCAUUAUACAGUCAACUACUUCUUCAAGUGAAUUCAUUAAACAAAAACACAUUGAGACCCAAAAACUUGUUCAGUCUUACCAUGAAGGUAAUAACCGAGGUUUGUUGCUUAUCACUUCUUCCGGAAGACCGAUCAUUAUUCGCCCUGUUAAUAUCGACUUGCCUUUUCCACGAAGAAUGUAGGCCAAUUUGGAAAGCCAUUGGUGUAGACCCUUCCGCUAUUAUGGAUAGGUUUCACUUUCGAAAAUCGUUUGCUUGUGAGCCAGAGAUGUUGAAUACUGUGCGAACUUUCUACAAACAGUUAGAAAACUCUGAUAUAUAUGAAACGAAUUAUAAUUCAUUCAUAGAAUGGUUUUCAGAAUCUGUUUUGGGUGUUAAUGUCUUGAAUAUACCAACAAAGUUAGAUACCAUUAUAUCCGAAGGUAUUGGCUGCGACAUGCCAUUGAUUCUUAUUCCAUUAAGUGGAAUAGAUGUAAAACAAUAUUUGGAACAGUGUUUGGCCGAAAGACAGGUCAGAUGUAUCACCAUACCAAUGGGUUCAUUAGAUUCUGAAGAGCUUGCCGACACCACCUUGAUCAAAGCAGAACAUGAACCUUGUUGGGUUUUCUUAGAAAAUAUUCAUCUCUCUCAAAGCUGGUUAGAAAAUAUUUCAUCUAAGCUUAAAGGAGAUUUGCAUCCUGAAUUUAGAAUGGUGUGUACUUCGGAUAUCUCAUUUGAGUUUCCUAUUUGGCUAUCACCUAAUUUUCGCUACCUAUAUUUCGACGUGAAAGCAAGUUUCAAGGAAACAUUGAUGAGAAACUUAAGAUCCGUUUUUAUGAGUGAAUUAGGCAUACCACAAGAAUAUGAUAUUAUGCGCUUCCUCAUAGCCUGGAUCCACACAAUGAUUUUCGAGAGAUUCUGUAUUGUUGAAGUUAAUCGGGAGAAACGUGCAGACUUGAACGACAUUGAUCUAUUCACCGCGAUGAAUGCUCUGUCGGCAUGUGCUAGACUGGUAUCAAGCCAAAAGAAAGAAAAUGAUAUUCAAAAGUUCCCUUGGGAUAUGUUCCAGGAGCUGGUAUUAAAUGUCGCUUAUGCUCCAAAGUUGUCAAGCCGUAAUGACAUAUCUUUCCUGAGCAACAUACUCCUAUAUUUUAUAAAACAACUAAAAGAAGGUAGGGUACUGAAUCUUUCCUUAUCUUCAAAUUAUUUGUUGAACCCUCCUUCUGAAUACACUUUUGCCUCGUGUGAAGAUUUCGCCAAAGGUUUACCUGAUAACAUUCCUCCAGUAUGGCUUGGUAUAGAGGGUACACUGAAACCGAACGUUCAUCUUAUAGAUUCCAAAGAGGUGGUGAAAGAUCUAUCAAACUUACUUAAAGACAUAAAGCCCUGAAAACAUGAAAUAUCUGAAUUAUUUGACAAUAAAACAAACCAGUUUACUUCCUUAAUCCCAUAAGCUACCAUUUUUAGACAUAAAAUUAUUUCAUUAAUAUAUAUAUUUAUAUAUUUAUUUAUCUAUAACCCUUUAUACCAGUGUAUGUCCAAAAUUAUUGUA